AUGGCUGGUCAUUCACAUAGAUCAGCGUUUGGGAAGAACCAUAAAACGUUCAAGUCCAAGCAUGCAUCAAAAGGUGCUCUGAAAAGAUUAUUCAAGGGUAAAGUUGAAAGAGAUCCUAUUAAUGGAAAAACUUUAAAGACAGUCUCCAAAGAUCAGCGUAAGAAUAAGUCUAAACAACUUAGAACAGUAAAGAUUCUGGAAUCUGUAGAGAAUAGAAAACUAUUUGAAGGUUCCAAUGGUGCUUCUAAAAUUAUUACAGUAGUCCCCUUGACACCUGAUGUUGAUGCUACUGCAAUUGUUAAAGGUCUUCUACAAUCAAGUGAUUUGGACCUAAAUGAUCAUUUAGUGUCAAAAGAAAGUGGCAACAUUCCAAGCGUAAGAGAUUACGACAUUAAGAAAUUCAAGAGUAAAUUGAAAGUUAUCGUUCCAGAUAUGAGUAACUUCUUACAUAUUCUAGAUUGUGCUAAAGUAGCAGAUUUUGUCAUAUUAGGUUUAAGUGGUACCGCUGAAGUGGAUGAUGAAUUUGGUGAACAAGUUGUUCGUGCUCUCGAAUUACAAGGUAUUUCUUCUGUUAUGGGUGUUGUAACCAAUUUAUCUGCAGUUCAUCCAAAGGAAAAAUUUCAAUUGGACGUUAAACAAUCCUUAGAAAGUUAUUUCAAGCAUUUCUUCCCUAACGAAGAAAAGAUAUACAAUUUAGAAAAACUUUCAGAUUCAUUGAACGCUUUGAGACAAUUAUGUCAAAAGAUGCCUCGUCCUGUAACUUGGAGAGAUCAAAGAGGUUAUUUGGUAGCAGAUUCGAUAGAUUUCCAACCAGGGACAGAUGAAAAUGGUGAUCUGGUUAUCUCUGGUACUGUUCGUGGGGUUGGAUUUGAUGCAAACAGGUUGAUCCAUAUUCCAGAUUUGGGUGAUUUCCAACUUUCUGGUAUUGAAAAAAUUGGUUCAUCUUCGAGAGCUAAGAAACCAAAGAGUGAUGAUCCUAUUGAUACUUUGGAUUUAGAUACCCAAUUUGGGUCCAAUGAAUUGCGAGAUACCCUUGACGUCUAUGCACCAGCUAACGUCAACACAGAAUAUGACGAUGAUUCGGAUUUCGAAUAUGAUGAUCUAAAGACUGCAAGAUUUGAUGAUGGUGGGUUUUUACCAGGCGCUGAAGAAGAAGCUAGAUCUGUGAAAGUACCAAAGGGCACUUCUGAUUACCAAGCUAAGUGGUACAUAGAUGAUAUGGUUGAUAACGGUACUAUGACUGGUAAUGAUGAAGAUGAAGACAAUAUGAUGGACGAUGAUGAAGAUGCACUACCUGAGAAUGAUAUGCAAAUUGAAAGUGAUAUCAGCGAUUUGGAAGACGCUCAAGAUGACGAAGUAUUCGUUGAUCUUUCACCUGAAGAGGAAGAACGUCAAUUGAAAGAGUACAGAGAAUUGGAAAAAGAAGAUCGCGAGUUCCCAGAUGAAGUCGAAUUAUACCCAACUGAAUCAGGUAUUGAUCGUCUAAAGAGAUACAGAGGUUUAAAGAACUUAUAUAACUGUGCCUGGAAUGUUGAUGAAAAGGAUCCAACAUGUCCUCCAGAAUGGAAGCGUGUUUUGAGAGUUGGUAAUUACAAGAAUACUGCCAAUAGACUCGUAAAAGAAGCUAGGUCAAAGGCUCAAGUUGUCGCUGGUGACCGUAUUGUAUUACAUAUAAAUUUCCCACAACAUUUACUUCCAAAAAUUGUCGAUCCAUCUCAAUUGUUAUUUGCGGUUUAUGGAUUAUUAUAUCACGAACACAAAAACGCUAUUGUAAACUUUUCUCUAAAAAGAUGGGAAGAGUACGACAGACCAGUACCAGCAAAGGAACCAAUCAUCGUUCAAUAUGGUGUUAGAAGAUACACUAUCCAUCCAUUAUUUUCAGGGACGACGAAUACACCAAAUAAUGUGCAUAAGUUUGAAAAAUUCUUGCACCCAGAAACUUUAUCAGUGGCUACAUGUAUUGCGCCGGUUGAUUUUACACAAUCUCCGGCCAUCUUUUUCAAACCUAACGCUAACGACGCUAAGGGUAUUGAAUUGAUUGGUCAAGGUACCUUCUUGAAUGCUGAUCACACCAGAGUUCUAGCCAAGAGAGCAAUUCUAACAGGUCAUCCAUUCAGAUUCCACAAGAACGUUGUUACAGUUCGUUACAUGUUCUUCAACUCCGAGGAUGUGGAAUGGUUCAAAUCUAUUCCAUUAUUUACAAAAUCUGGUAGAACUGGUUUCAUCAAGGAAAGUUUGGGUACACACGGUUACUUCAAGACUACCUUUGAUGCUAAACUAUCAGCUCAAGAUGUGGUAGCAAUGUCCUUAUACAAACGUAUGUGGCCAAUACCUUCAAUGCCUUGGACACCGGAAUUAUGA